AUAUUUUUUACUUCAAAGUUCAAACGAGACUGUUUUCCAAAAUUCCCUGUGCCUUCCCAUUGCACAAAAACAAAGGAAGAAGCAAAAAGGUUAAAAUCAGUCACAAAUGACUUCUGACGGUGUCUCUUUGUAGGCAAGAAGGGUUUUUGUAGGGUUUCUCUUCUUUAUUUUCCUUUCUCCACAAAAGAAAAACUGUAAAAAAGAAAAUGGGUUCUUUAAGAAAUGGAACAGAGAGUGAAAGAAUCAGGGAAGAAGACAAACAGGAGCCAAUACUGAAGGAACAAAACCAGAGGUUUUGCAUGUUUCCAAUCAGAUAUAAGGAGCUUUGGGAGAUGUAUAAGAAGGCUGAGGCCAGUUUCUGGACAGCUGAGGAGGUUGAUCUCUCCCGGGACAUGCAGCAAUGGGAAGCACUGUCUGAUUCAGAGAAACACUUCAUAAGCCACGUGCUGGCAUUUUUUGCUGCAUCUGAUGGGAUUGUUUUGGAAAAUUUGGCUGCAAGAUUUCUAUAUGAUGUUCAAAUUCCAGAGGCCCGGGCAUUCUAUGGAUUUCAAAUUGCAAUGGAGAACAUUCAUUCUGAGAUGUAUAGUUUGCUUUUGGAGACAUACAUCAAGGACUCAAGGGAGAAGCAUAGGUUGUUUAAUGCUAUUGAAAACAUUCCUUGUGUGGCUGAGAAGGCAAAGUGGGCAUUGGAUUGGAUCCAGAGUUCCAUGGUUUUUGCAGAGAGACUUGUUGCUUUUGCUUGUAUUGAAGGAAUCUUUUUCUCAGGAAGCUUCUGCGCCAUUUUCUGGCUUAAAAAGAGAGGCUUGAUGCCAGGUUUGACAUUCUCGAAUGAACUAAUAUCUAGAGACGAGGGGCUGCAUUGUGACUUUGCUUGCCUUCUUUAUAGUUUGUUGCAGAGGCAACUUCAUUGGCAAAAAGUUUAUCAUAUUGUUGGUGAAGCAGUGGAAAUUGAGACCAAGUUUGUCUGUGAGGCCUUGCCAUGUGCAUUGAUUGGCAUGAAUGCCACACUGAUGGGCGACUACAUAAAGUUUGUUGCUGACCGUCUUUUGGUUGCCUUAGGUUAUCAGAAGAAGUACAAUGUUGAAAAUCCCUUUGAUUGGAUGGAAUUCAUAUCCUUGCAAGGGAAAGCAAAUUUCUUUGAGAGAAGGGUAGGGGACUAUCAAAAGGCUUCUGUUAUGUCAAGCCUGCAAGAUGGUGGGAAAAACUAUGUUUUCAAGAUGGACGAGGACUUCUAGUCUAGAGGGAAGAUGUCAAUGAGUAAUUGUUCAAUCAGGUGCCUUCUUCCAAUCAUGCUGCUAACCCACCACUUCACUAUAAAGUCGUUUGAUGUACAGGGUGGAAAGAGAAAAGAUGCUGCCUAGAUGACUCCAUCAGAAGCAUUCAUGAUCAAAGAAACACUUAUCCACUGCCUCUAUAACUGAUGAAUUGAUGCUGGGGUGGUAGUGUAAUCAUGAUUAAAUGAAUAAGUGAUGUUUUAUCAUAAUCUUUUAAUCAAUUUUCUUUUUGUCAAAGUAGUAAUUAUUGUAAUCAUGAUUAAAUGAGUAUUGAGUUGUUUACCAUUU